GCUGUUGUCCUGUGUGCUUAUCUGGAGAUAGGAGGCAUUGAUCUCAGGGAUCGGCCUGUGAUUGAGCUGGGAGCUGGAACUGGAUUGCUGGGAAUAGUGGCCACUUUAUUAGGUGCUCGUGUUACCAUCACAGACAGGGCAGCAGCACUGGAGUUCCUAGAGGCAAAUGUAGAGGCUAACUUACCUUCUGAACUGCGUCCGAGAGCUGUGGUGAAGGAACUAACUUGGGGAAAAGACCUGGGUAACUUCCCUCCAGGAGCAUUUGACUUCAUCCUGGGUGCAGACAUCGUUUAUCUGGAAGAAACGUUUGCAGAACUGCUUCAGACACUGGAGCACCUGUGCUCAGAGCAAACUGUGAUUCUUCUUUCCUGUCGUAUCCGCUAUGAACGGGAUCACAGAUUCCUGAAGAUGCUGAGAGGCCGUUUCUCUGUAUAUGAGGUCCACUAUGAUUCCAGUAAGGAUGUUCAUAUCUACAAAGCACAGAGGGGUGGUCACAAGGAUGACUUUUGACUCUGUGCUUUGUUCAACCACUGAUACUGUUCAAUCCUCCUCUUGUUUCAACUCAAUACACUUGUUCCUAAGCAUAUA